CUCAUUUGAAAAGGCAAACAAUGAAGCAGCCAUCCUCGGUAACCAGUUUGGAUCGUUACGAUACAACAAGUUUUUACAAAACCUGGGGACCCUACUUAGGCUAAAAGAUGUCGAUCCUCAAACCAACUACAUAGGAGGCUUGGAUGUAGAUGGAGAAGAUGGAAAAUAUGCCUUUAGUUGGCAGGACGACGUGAUGCAGGUAAUUUUUCAUGUGGCUACGUUACUACCAAAUAAUCCUUCAGACCCUUCCUGCAACUCCAAGAAACGACACAUUGGAAACAACUAUGUUACUAUCGUGUAUAACGAGAGUGACGAAGACUACAGUAUCACAACUAUCAAGGGCCAGUUUGUAUAUGCUUGUGUCAUCAUCCAACCGGGAGACUUUAACAGUAAUAUUGUUACAGUUAAAACUAAACAAGAACUCCUGGAGAUUAUCGGUCACUGUGAUCCUCAUAUUGUGUCAGACCACAGUCUGUCGAUCUAUGUAAGGCAGCUGGCUCUUCACGCAAAUCUGGCGUGCUCUAUCUUCAAAAGUACCACAUCAUCGAGUGAGCCUUACAUCUCCAAUUGGCUGGAACGCCUAAGACAGCUCAAACGACUCAGGACGAAAAUUCUGCAGGAAAUUCCCGUUGACGAUUCAAGCAUGGACUCUUCAAACAGUAGCUCAUCGUAUCACUCUCACCAUAAACAUCCCGAAGACUUCACGGACUAUACCUGAGAAUAAGGGGGUGGUUUUUCUAUUUCCAAAGAGUACACUGCAGUAGAUUUAAUAAGCUAAAAUCUAUUGUGUCGCAUUCUGCCUGCAAUGAAACUUUUCGUUAUUCUUGCCAUUCUCUCUUAUUGCUAUCCUGUUGUGGCCAUGAUCUGGAAAAAAAGUUAAUGUGUGAAGCUGGGUGAGUUUCAUGAUAUUCAAACACCAAGAAUUAUGAAGAUCCUUUGUCUUCUUACUGUUGCCUGACAUUUUAACCCUACUUUUAUAUUCCCAACCUUACAGACACUAUAUUGUAAAAGUUUAUGCACGCGUGUCUCCUCGUGCAUAGUGCUAAUACCCUAUUAUAACAGCUUAAGAAUAAAUGUUUUGGUCGAUUCUGUUUUUAUGACAUUUAGAAAAAGGAAACUUUGGAAUCAUUAAAUACUUGCUGCCUUUUCCAAGUCUACUUAAUAAUAUUCAAUCCCAUUAAAUACAGAAACGUAAAUUUCUCCACUAUCAGAAACGUUCUGAAAUUUAGAUAUUGACUGUUUAAUGUAGUAGUUGACCUUAGAUGAUAAUUUUUAUGUAAUUAUUAUUCGUUAGCAAUGUUGCCCGAGGAAAGAAAUUGCUUUGGAAGUAUUUCUGUGAUAAGAUGAUGAUAGAUUUUGGUAAGAAAUAUAUUUAUUGGUUAUCUUGUGUGAACAGUUAAUUAAUACAUACUUUAAGUGAUUGUUGGGAAACCCGCAUUUAAUUUAGACCCAAAUAUUAUUAUCCAGUAUUUUCCUUGCAUGAGUAUAGUAUAUUUCUUCUUUUGGUGAGUUGAACUUUCAACAGAAUGAUGUCUCGUGACACGUACAUCAACUUUCAACAGAAUGAUGUCUCGUGACACGUACAUUAACUGUCAACAGAAUGAUGUCUCGUGACACGUACAUUAACUGUCAACAGAAUGGUGUCUCGUGACACGUACAUCAACU